GGCCGAGCCCAACUGGUUCCCUGGAGCCUGCUUUGAAGCCUACAACUGAAGACUAGAAAUAACGGAUUGCGAUCUCCUCGUGCACUCCGCCAACCGCCGUCGCCACAGCCGCCCGCCCCGCCAGGCGCCACUGCCUCUCUCCAGGUGACUUAGGCAGGCUGUGAGGUCGCUCGGUGUUGCCGAAUAGUCCGGACCGCCGCCGGCCAUGGCAUCCAACGGCAUCGCCCCCAGAGAUGUAUGUGUUGUCGGUGUUGCACGCACCCCUAUGGGUGGUUUUCUUGGUGCCUUGUCUUCCUUGCCCGCAACAAAGCUUGGCUCUAUAGCAAUUGAAGCUGCUCUGAAAAGAGCAAAUGUGGAUGCGGCUCUCGUGCAGGAGGUCUUUUUCGGAAAUGUCUUGAGUGCUAAUUUGGGACAGGCUCCUGCAAGGCAAGCCGCUCUGGGUGCAGGGAUACCAAACACUGUUGUUUGCACCACUGUUAACAAAGUCUGCGCGUCUGGCAUGAAGGCUACUAUGUUCGCCGCACAGACAAUUCAGCUGGGUAUCAAUGAUAUUGUUGUUGCAGGUGGCAUGGAAAGCAUGUCCAAUGCCCCAAAGUACAUUGCUGAAGCUAGGAAAGGGUCUCGUUUUGGACAUGACACACUUGUUGAUGCCAUGCUUAAGGAUGGACUUUGGGAUGUAUACAAUGACUGUGCCAUGGGAAUGUGUGCUGAGCUUUGUGCUGACAAUCAUGCCCUCACAAGAGAAGACCAGGAUGCUUUUGCUAUCCAAAGCAACGAGCGUGGAAUUGCUGCUCGUGACAGUGGUGCUUUUGCAUGGGAGAUUGUUCCGAUUGAAGUUCCUGUCGGGAGGGGAAAACCACCUGUACUUAUUGAGAAAGAUGAAAGCCUGGAUAAGUUUGACCCAGCAAAACUGAAGAAACUCCGCCCAAGUUUCAAGGAGAAUGGUGGUACUGUUACAGCUGGAAAUGCUUCUAGUAUAAGUGAUGGGGCUGCUGCAUUAGUUUUGGUGAGUGGGCAGAAGGCUCAAGAGCUUGGCCUGCAAGUCCUUGCAAGGAUCAGAGGAUAUGCAGAUGCAGCUCAAGCUCCGGAACUUUUUACAACCACCCCAGCACUUGCGAUACCAAAGGCUAUAGCAAAUGCUGGAUUAGAGUCAUCCCAUGUUGAUUUUUAUGAGAUUAAUGAAGCAUUUUCGGCUGUUGCUCUUGCAAAUCAAAAGCUUCUUGGGAUUCCUUCAGAAAAGACUAAUGUUCAUGGAGGAGCUGUAUCUUUAGGGCAUCCUCUUGGGUGCAGUGGUGCUCGCAUUUUGGUCACCCUUCUUGGUGUUCUUAGGGUGAAGGGUGGCAAGAUCGGGGUUGCUGGAGUCUGUAACGGUGGAGGUGGAGCAUCAGCUCUUGUUGUUGAGCUCGCAUAAGAGAUAUUGAACUUCGCUAGACUCGAAACAGUGCUGCUGCUAUCUGCAUAAUUCAACCGAGCAUGAUUGAGCAAUCAUUCUGUCUUGCCGCUUCGGUCACCAUAGCAACAUGACGUCGCAGGCGCAAUCAUUCUAGCAAUUAGCACCAGCUCCCUGAGGCGGACCUUGUACUCUUACGUUGAUGUAUGUUUAGUGUUGUAGCUUGCUGAACAUUCUUAAGUUAAUUCAGCAAUAAAGCGUGGUGUGCUUCUGCUACCUGCAUCUGCAAUAAGAGAAAUGGAGCAGCCUCUGCUCAAUUCUAUCCAUCUGUACAUCCUAUUUGGAGGACUCCAUUGACGCUGUUUUAGAAGUUUGUGUGAACUGAAAUUCAUCUACUGAAACUUUGAAGAUGUUCUUUUUUCUUUGAAA